ACUUCUAUAGUGUGUUUUAGACUGUUGUGUAUAUAUUCAACAAUGUACUCAAUAGAAAACUAUCGAAUUCUCUCAACAUCAUAUCUUAUAACAUGGUACCAGAGCCUACCAUGGCAUCAAUUUCUCAACUUUCAUAUUCUACCUCUAUUGCAGUAACCUUGACCACUCCAAGUCUUUUUGCUCCGUUAUCUCAUGCUCAACUCUCUUUUUCAAUAAAACUCAAAGCAACAAACUACCUGAUUUGGAAAACUCAGUUUGUUCCUAUCAUCAAAUGCUAUAAUCUUUUCAAUUAUAUCAAUGGUACACCAACACCUCUCUCUACCAUCAUAAAUGCCACAACAAAUCAAUUAGAACCAAAUUCUAAUGAUCUAAAGUGGUUACAAGAAGACCAACUCUUACCGUGUUGGAUCUUAUCAUCUUUAACCGAGGAAAUAUUUCCUUAUGUGACUAGUUUAGAUACUGCCUUUGAAGCAUGAGAAGCUCUCUCAAAUGCAUUUGGUAUAAGCAACAACGCUAGAAGAGUCCAAUUGCACAUCACCUUGCAAAACAUGACUCUUGGUGACAAACCAAUGGCUCAAUUUCUACGCGAAGCUAAAGCUAUUGCUGAUGAGCUUACUGCUGCUGGAACACCAGUAUCUCUUGAUGAAUUCAAUGCCACCAUCUUCCGGUUACUUCCUUCUUAUUAUCAUCCUGUCAUUGCAAUGCUAUUUGAAGAAAAAUCACAGAGCUCCCAGGAAAAUAAUGGUUACAGAAACAAUGGUGCUUCCUCCAAAGGAAAUAUGAAGUGGUUUCCUAAUCCUUGUCAGAUAUGUGGACUCAACAAUCAUCAAGCGAAGUAGUGUCACAAACGUUAUGAUACUAAUAAAGAUAAAAUCACUGCCAAUUCUGCCAAUGUUAAUGCUUCUUCCAAUGAUUGGUUUCCUAAUACUGCAACUUCUCAUCAUAUGACACCUGAUUUGUCUGCACUUGAAAUCUCUGAGGAGUACAAAGGGCUGACAAAGUUACUAUAGGCAAUGGGCAUGGAUUGCACAUUAAAAACAUUGGUCACACUACACAAUCUUCUGGUAAUAAUUGAUUACAUUUGAAAAAACAUUUACAUGUGCCUGUCGUACAACAACAAUUGUUGUCUAUUAAUAAAUUUGCUAAAGAUAAUCAAUGAUCCUUUAAAUUUGACUAUGUUGGGUUUACUGUGAAGCAUCAGACAAAUAAAAAGGCCUUGUUGAAGUGACCAGCUAACGACGCAUUUACAGGCUUCCUAUUGAUGUAUUAGAAAACAUUGCAAGAAAUAGCAAGGCUUUCAAAUCAGUUCAGAUUACUGCACCAGAUUGGCAUGCUCGGCUCGGUCAUCCUCAACAAUCAACAGUCUCUUUUAUUGUUAAUAAAAUCUGUUUGCCUAGUCAUUCAAUAAAAUUAUCUGAUCUUUGUGAAGCUUGUUGUUUAGGCAAACAUAGUCAGAUUUCUUUA